GGAGAUCUUGCCGUUUCCUUCCAAACAUCAACUGAUGAUGAAGUCGCGGGAAACAAGCUGUAAACGCGACAGCAGGAAUGAUGGAGCGUGCAUUUCAGUGGAGUUUCCUGCAGAAGGAUUUCUUGCACUUCUCCAAAUAUCGCUCAGUCAACACAUACUGUACUUGUAAUAUUUAUCAUCAGUCUGUGGAUGAGCAGGAUCUAUAAAGGCUGUUUCAGGGCAGUUUUUGUGUCUGCAUGUGCGGACAGUCAUGGAGUCCAGCAUGGAGUAUAUGGUGGAUCAGGUCACGCAGAAAGAGGUCGGACGUCGUUUUCAAGUCGCUCCAGAAAUCAUAGGAUAUAUUCUGGACAAACAGAAGUCACAUGACCUGGAAGUGGACCAGAGCAUGCUGGAGCAGAUAGUGGACAGUCUGGCUACCUCAUGGAUCAAUGCAAGCAAUUUCAAGGUGGCGCUGCUGGGAAUGGAGAUUGUGUCUGCUUUAGUGAGCAGACUACAGGAACACUUUAAAACACACAUAGGAACAGUUCUGCCCAGUUUAAUGGACCGUUUAGGCGAUUCUAAAGAGCAGGUUCGAGAUCAGGCGCAGUCACUUCUGCUGAAAAUGAUGGACCAAGCAGCAAAUCCACAGUUUGUGUGGGACCAAAUGCUGUCCGGCUUCAGACAUAAAAACAACAGGACCAGAGAAGCCGUCUGCUUUUGCCUUAUUUCCACUCUUAAUGUAUAUGGAGCUCAUGGUUUAACCCUCAGCAAGAUUGUUCCUCAUAUUUGUCAUCUGUUAGGAGAUCCGACCAGUCAGGUUCGAGAUGCUGCGAUGAACUGUCUGGUGGAGAUUUACAGACAUGUGGGAGAAAGAGUGAGGGUGGAUCUGGGCAAGAAGGGACUCCCACAGUCACGGUUGAAUGUGAUUUUCAGCAGGUUUGAUGAUGUUCAGCGGUCUGGACUCAUGAUUGUGUGUGCCGAUAAGAACAUUGAUGAUGAAGACUCAGUGGAUGGAGGUCGAUCCUCAUCGUCCUCUAAAGGAGCUUCAGUGCGGAGAACAGGAUCCACACGCAGACCAAGCUCCGCCUCCGGCAGACCAAGCUCCGCCUCCAGGAGACCAAGCUCUGGUAAAGAGAGCUGUAGUGCUGGAGCUGUGGCUGAAGAAGACUUCAUUCGUGCCUUUGAAGAUGUGCCGACUGUACAGAUAUACUCAGCCCGAGAGCUGGAAGACUCCAUGAAUAAGAUCCGGGAGAUUCUGUCUGAUGAAAAACAUGACUGGGAGCAGAGAGUGGCCGCUCUGAAGAGGGUUCGCUCUCUGCUGUUGGCCGGCGCAGGCGAUUAUGAGGGUUUUAGUCAUCAUUUGCGUCAGCUGGACGCAGCGUUCAAGCUGUCGGCUAAAGAUCUGCGCUCUCAGGUGGUGCGCGAGGCCUGCAUCACACUCGGGCAUCUGUCGUCUGUGCUGGGCAGUAAGUUUGAUCACGGAGCUGAAAACAUCAUGCCGGCGUUACUGAACCUGCUGCCGAACAGUGCUAAAGUCAUGGCCACAUCCGGCAGUGCUGCCAUACGCCUCAUCAUUCUGCACACUCAUUAUCCUCGUCUGAUUCCCAUCAUGACCAGCACCUGCACAUCUAAAUCAGUGGCUGUCAGAAGACGCUGCUUUGAGUUUCUGGAUCUGAUGAUUCAGGAGUGGCAAACUACUGCUCUGGAGAGACAUGUCUCUGUCCUGAUGGAGACAAUAAAGAAAGGUGUUCAUGAUGCUGACUCUGAGGCCCGCUCGCUCGCCAGGAAGUGUUAUUGGGCUUUUCAUGGGCACUUCAGCAGAGAGGCGGAUCUGCUGUUUCAGGCUCUGGAAGCGAGUUAUCAGAGAGCGCUUCAGUCUCAGCUGCAGAGUUCAGACAGCAUCAUCUCACUGCCACAGUCUGACCGCUCAUCAUCCAGCUCACAGGAGAGCCUCAGCCGCCCAACGACUGCUAGAACACCCGCCGCCAGCAGCCUGAGCAGGACUAAAGUUGUAAGUGCUGGCUCGUGCUCCUCAUCUGGAAGUCUUCAGCGUUCUCGCAGUGAUGUGGAUGUGAACGCUGCAGUCUGUGCCAAAUCCCGGAUGCCCGCCGUACCCGCUGCUGUACCCACUGCUGCCCCCUUCAGCUCUGCCACUGCACUGCCGCCCGGAUCCUACGCUUCACUGGGUCGAGUGCGCACCAAACGCCAGAGUUCAGAGACGACGGCUGGAGGAGGAGCUUCUGUGACUGACAGCAGGGGGCGGAGCCGAGCCAAAGCUGCCUCCCAAUCACAGCCGGGCAGUCGCUCCAGUUCUCCACGAAAGCUCUUGUCGUAUGGAAGAGUGUCUGGAGUUUCUGCAUCACACACUCACAGACUCGGUAAAAUACCUCGCAGUCAAGGCUGCAGUCGAGAGACCAGCCCGAGCAGAGCAACACACGCACGGGGCAGUCGUAUCCCGAGACCCAGUGUGAGUCAGGGUUGUAGUCGUGACACGAGUCGAGAGAGCAGUCGAGACACCAGUCCUGCCCGCGGCUUCAGUCCUCUGGCGUCACACAGACACUGUCGCUCCACGGGUGCACUGACGGGCACUGAUGGUCUACAGACAGAUCGAUUCGGGCUCCUCCAUCAGGCUCGUAUCUCUGCGUCAGUGAACGCCAUGCGGAUCCUGAACACCGGCACAGAGGUGGAGGCGGCGGUCGCAGACGCUUUGCUUCUGGGAGACUCCAGGAAUAAGCGUGGUCAGGUGCGGCGGCGGUAUGAGUCUCCAGGUGUGUGUUCAGAUGAUGAUGUGAACAGUGAUGCGUCAAGUGUGUGCUCUGAGCGCUCCUUUAGUUCUCGUAAUGGCGGCGUAGCUCCACAUCACCUGCGGCAGACAGAGGAUGUGGCGGAAAUCCUGAACCGCUGCGCCAGCGCUAACUGCAGUGAGAGGAAAGAAGGACUGAUGAGCCUCCAGAACCUGCUGAAGAACCAGAGAGUACUCAGUCGUGUGGAGCUGAAGCGCCUGUGUGAAAUCUUCACCAGGAUGUUUGCUGAUCCGCACAGCAAGGUGUUCAGCAUGUUUCUGGAGACUCUGCUGGACUUCAUCUCUCUGCACAGGGAGGAUCUGCAGGACUGGCUCUUCAUCCUCCUCACGCAGCUGCUGAAGAAGACGGGGGUCGACCUGCUGGGGUCCGUACAGGCCAGAGUACAGCGGGCGCUCGACGUCACACGAGAGUCGUUUCCAUACGAUCAGCAGUUCAACAUCCUGAUGCGCUUCAUUGUUGAUCAAACACAAACACCAAACCUCAAGGUGAAGGUGUCGAUCCUGCAGUAUAUCGAGCGUCUAUGCAGACUGAUGGACUCGUCUGAGCUGCUGAACUCCAGUGAGACUCGUCUGGCCGUCUCUCGCAUCAUCACUUGGACCACUGAACCCAAGAGCUCCGACGUCAGGAGGGCCGCUCAGAUGGUCUUGAUCGCCCUGUUUGAGCUCAACACUCCAGAGUUCAGCAUGUUAUUAGCAGCUCUGCCCAAAACCUUCCAGGACGGAGCCACCAAACUCCUGCACAACCACCUGAGGAACAGCAGCAAUGCAGCUGCCACUGCAGCGUCUCAGGCGUCUCCUGUGGUCAUCAGCAGUGUGAAGCCUCCGAAACACCCGGCGACCUGCAGCAGCCCACUGACUUCACCCACCAGCGGCACACACACCGGACUGUCACCCAGUCGUUUGUGGGGCUGGAGCUCAAAGUCUUCUUCUCCUCUCACCCCCCCUCACCCCGGCUCUGGUACACCCCCUCUGCGGGCCCCACGGAGGGCGUACUCGCCCAGUCUGCUGGAGUACGACACAGAGAACAUGAACGCAGAGGAGAUCUUCAGAGUGACAGAAGCCAUCCAGAGCUUCAGUUUCCGCAGUCAGGAGGAUAUCGAGACCGUCAAACGAGACGCAAAGCGGGAGGACACAAUUGGUGUGUUGUCAUCUGCUAUGACGGAGGGUGGCCGGACGGCGCUGGACAACAAGACAUCUUUAUUAAACAUGCCGUCAUCCUCGUGGAUGAGAGAAUGCAACCCGUACAACUAUAGCGACUCGAUCAGCGCGUAUGAGAAAGGAGCGCUCGCAGGGAUUGAGGACACAGAGCAGAUACGAGAGGGGCGUCAGCAGGACUGCGGAGAAAACAAAAUCAUGCACCCCAAAGGCUUCUCUCCAGGGCCGCGGCAGCAGCUGGAGCUGGUUGGUGAGCUGCUGAAGGAGCUGUCCAAUCACAGCGCUCGUGUGGAGGAGAGGCGGGCCACUCUGCUGGAGCUGCUGAAGGUCACGCGGGACGACAGUCUGAGCGUUUGGGAGGAGCACUUCAAAACCAUGUUACUGCUGCUCCUGGAGACGCUGGGAGAUACCGACCACACCGUCCGAGCGCUGGCUCUGCGAGUGCUGAAGGAGAUUCUGCGCAGUCAGCCUGAACGCUUCAAGAACUACGCAGAACUGACCAUCAUGAAGACACUGGAGGCGCAUAAAGACUGCCAUAAAGAGGUGGUCCGUGCUGCAGAAGAAACAGCCUGUACUCUGGCCGGCUCCAUUCACUCAGAGCAGUGCAUUAAAGUGCUGUGUCCCAUCAUCCAGACCGCAGACUAUCCCAUCAGCCUCUCUGCCAUCAAGAUGCAGACCAGAGUCAUCGAGCGCAUUUCCCAUGAUUCCCUGCUGCAGCUGCUGCCCGACAUCAUCCCGGGACUCUUACAGGGCUAUGAUAACACCGAGAGCAGUGUACGGAAGGCCAGUGUGUUUUGUUUGGUGGCCAUUUAUUCUGUGAUUGGUGAAGAUCUGAAGCCUCAUAUACAGCAGCUGACCGGCAGCAAGAUGAAGUUACUGAAUCUGUACAUCAAGCGAGCUCAAACCAUCAACAGCACCAGCAGCAGCUCCUCAGAUGUGUCGACACACAGCUGAACACACACACACACACAUAUGCACACACACACACAGUUCAUCUGUCCUCCGCACACUUCAUCAAAGGCUUUAUUACAGUGACCACGACUGUAAGAAUGUGUGUGUGUGU